UUUGACGCUGCAGCGGCAGAGAGCGAAGAAGAAGAAGAGCCGCGUCCGCGUGCAGCGAAACAACGAGAGACCGGAGCAGCGCGUGGACCGGACGAGGACGAACCGGCAGAGCAACGGACGUAGUAACGGACGGACGAGCGGACAGAGUAACGGGCGGACUAACGGACGUCAUGUGGAAUAAACCGCGAGCGGCGCGCUGAGGAAGAAUUCCGGUUUUUGUAUGUGUGUCUGAAAUUCUUUGAAUGUAACACACACGCACAGACGCACGCACACACGCUCACACUGACACUCACACACACACUUCAGCCCGGACGGCGCGUGCGCAAGUGUGUGUGUGUUUGUGCUUCAGUUUGUCGUUUAUGGUUUAUUUCUUUGUUUGUUUGUUUAUAACCCGUGCGUGUGUGCGCGUGCCAGACGUGUCGCUGCAGGAUAGAGCGCACCUGUUUUUACCUUCAGGAAGGUAACACGCACUGUUUGUGUGCGUGUCCGAGCGCGUGCUGAACUGACGAGAGGAGAAGAGACAUGAUGAGCUGAUUGCCAUCUGAAGAUCAACCAGAGGAAGGAAGAGCUCAGCAGGUCGAUGCCGGAGCAGCUCUCAGGAUGAAUCCCCUCGCUGCCCUCAGCAUUGAUCGCUCUGCUCUGGUUGGAGAAAGCCUUCGUCCUCACGGAGGAGUCUUCUAUCCCGGUGUCCAUCAUCUGUCUGCAGAAAAACCCCUGCAGCCCGGAGCCGUCCCUCUCCACUAUGAUCUUCUGUACAAGCCAGAAGUGACCCUGCUGGAUGGCCAGAAGCCUGCUAAUGGAUUUGUUGGACUGUAUAAGAGUCCAGCGUCGAGGCUGCAGAAACCUCUGCUGGUGCCCACCACCGCAAGCGAAGGUCUGGGUCUGGAGCGCCGAGUUCUACCAAAUGACAAGCAGCCAGAACUGGGCCUGAACGGAGCCGCUAGCUUCUUGAGGCUGCCCUGGGUCAGCCCCUAUGCAGAUGCUACCAUGUACCCAUUCCUGGACAUGGCCUACAAGGCCUCUUUCCUGUCCCAGCCGUCACCCUUCAUCCACCAGCAGAUGGCCUAUCAGUCUUUGUGUUCCAGCGGAAGCAGCACACCUGGCGAGGACCGACUCUUCUACCUGCCUCCUUACAUCUCCUCCCCACUCUGCCCACCAAUCAGGAUGUCCACAGCUGCUUCACCGAUGCCCCACUGCCAGGACAAUAACCUGCCAGGCCUCAGUCCUCAUCAGGAACCUUCUGCCUUUAGCUCUAGUCCUCAGAUCCACCAGGAACCCCAAAGUGUUCACCAUCCAAAGUCCAGUCAGAGCACCUCCACCAAGAACACUCUGAGCAAAAGCAGUGGUGUUAGCAGCUCGGCUAGCAGCGCUGCUACAUCAGCAUCCUCGGUUCCACCACAUCAACCCCUCAGCAGCUCCAUGGACCUCCAGAAGACCCUUUACAGAAGCACCUCCUCAUCCUCAGCCUCCCAGCCCUUUUACAGGAGCUCAGACGGCAACAAAACCAAAGACAGUAGCUCAGACAGCAGCACUGCAGAGAGAUGCUCUUCACCUGCAAAGACACACCUGGACCAAACUGUACCUCAGAAAGCUGCCAAAAACCCCUCAGAGAAACCUUUAGAUUUGUCUGCCAAAGAGUUGGAACAAUUCCCAAAUGGAUUCCCUCCCAAGUUAGACGCUCUGGCCAAGUUGGGUUAUUUACCACCAUCUCAUUAUGAGCUGCGAGCUGGUCAGGACCAGAACCUCAAGGAGGUUCUACUCCCACCUGUUGGCAAAGCAGCAAAGACUCCAGAUCAUCUUGACAAGAUCAACACUAGCCCUUCCACCUGGGUCCCUCCAAGUCCUUCCUCCACCAUGGACUCCCAGACCAUGAAAAACAAGACCAUAGAUAAUAGUCCUCAUCAGCCUCCCAGCUGUCCUGGUUCCUCCACAACUGAGUCAACCAGUGUUCCCAGUCCAGCCUCAGGGGGGCGACCUUCUGCAACUCCUCCUCCACAGUGCAAAGUUGGAUGGACACAAGUCUGUCCUGCUGACUCUGACAAAAGUUCUCCUGCCAUCAAAGUGAAAAGUCGCUCUGGGAAACAGAACAUCGGACCAGUUACGUCUGAAGCGUCAGAGAACAAACUUUAUCGUCAACAGCAGCCUCAUGAGGACAAUGUAGACUCAUCCAACCAAAUCUGUGGAGACUCCUACCUCCCUCCAGGCUCAGGCUACGCCAACCGCUACAUCCCAUAUUCAGUUGGUGAAAAUAUGUCCCUUCGCCAAAUGUCAGUUGCAGGUAAAGGACCCGCGUACUCCCAUCCGCUGUUGCUCAGCAGCAGCUUCUACCAGUCAUCCAUUUCACCAAAACACGGCCUCCCUUAUGGAGUCCAUCCAUACCAGAACUCCCAGGAGACAAUUUAUCCAGGUCUGGAAGGCAAAGACCAACCUGAGAAGAGAUCAAAAGCCCAGGGCAAGUUCUGGAAUGCAGAACCAUACAGGAACCAGGAAAGGCCAGAUGCUGACACCGUAAGAGACGAGUCCAUGAACCAAACAGCAAAGUCUUCAGGUAAAAGCGUCUCUGCAGUCAUGGAUGACAUCGUUUGCAUUGACUUGGUGAGAGAUGAGGCAGAUGAGGAUUCAUCCACCCACAAGUGCAGCUCAACAUCCACCAGGACAGAAGAUCCUUUCAAGCAUGGACGUAACCACUUCCAGGACAAGGAGCCGAGGCCUCUGAAAAACGAGACUACAGAGCAAAGACCAGACUCGAUGCCCCACAAUCACCAGAACUCCUCCUCACCUCGGGAGGUCCCAGAGGAGGUCCAAGAGGAGGAAGAGGAGACCCUCAGUCCAUCUCCAGAGAUCCCAGAGGAGCAGACAAUGCGAUGCGCCCGAACUUCUCCACAGCAGUAUUCUAGAAAAUCUAACACUGGAACCAUUGGGGACUCGAUGAUGAGCGUUACCAGUGGAGGAAAUAAUACUUUUAACGAAUCAGGGACUUCAGGAACUAAAAACCUUAAACCUCAGCUGAGCGCUUCCAAAGAUGGUAACUCAUCGGUUCCUGUCAGCAGAGAAAGUUGGUCUAGUACCAGUUCUAACAACAUGGACGAAGUCACGACCCCAAAGAGAACCGGUUAUGGGUUCCAUCCAGAAGGUCCAGUCUGCAGCAGUGGAGGAAGAACAUGUCGAGAUCUCGGUCCUCAAAUUCCAUCCUGCAGGAGUUCUAAUCCACCUGGAGGAGUCACGACCACGACACCACCAACGAGCGUCAACAUCAACCCAAGAAGCUCCAAAUGUAAUGGAGAGUGCACCAGCUGGACUUUCAUGGAACCAUGCUGUCGAAAUGUGACCUUGAAGGCUGAACCGAGAGUCUUCAGUGGUCCAGCAGGUGGUAACAUCAGUCCACGGAGUUCCACCAACCUCAAAGCUCCUACGUACGUAAAGAACUUCAGCAGUCUGAGUUGUGGAGGUUCUGACUCUGAAGUGAACCUCAGGGGCUCCACAUAUGGAAGCAGUUUACUUGGAGGGCCAUCCUAUCAGAAGCUUCCCCCCACCGAUGGACUCUCCACCAGGAAACCUGCAGAUGUGACUCCAGAGCCGCCGGUCAACCAGAACCUCAACUCCAGUGAGACGGCUCAGAUCCAGACCGAAGCCGGCUCUGGAAACGGGAAGACAGACUCCAGCGUCCAGGACCAUCUGGAUCUCCUGGCAGACGAAGACGAGGGUGGCAGCAGGAACCGGCGCUCCGGACUCACCAGGCGGAUCGCCAACUCGUCUGGCUACGUAGGCGACCGGAUCAAAUGUGUGACGACCGAGCUCUACGCCGACUCCAGCAAGCUGAGCCGAGAGCAACGAGCGCUGCAGCGUGCCAUGCUGCGUUUCUCAGAGCUGGAGCUGAAGGAGAAGGAAGGAGGACGAAGAGGAGGAGAAGACGAGACGGCAGACGAAGGGAAAGAAGAAGAAGAGAUGGAGUGGAGUCGCUGCCAGCAGAGCGAUGGGAGGAAUCCCUCUGUCGCCGCCGAGGCUCCGAGAGGCUUACAUCCCUCCUUCACUGUCAGCCGCCUCCCCGUCCUCGGAGAGCAGAAAGACUCAGAGGAGGAGAAGAAGAAGAACGAUGAUGGAGAACUUCAGCAGGAGAAGAACAACCUGAGUUGUUCCUCUCAGCCAGAACAUCAGAAGUUUAAUCCUUCUGCCGGAAGCCUGUUUCCAAACCCUAACGUUUUGGUGAACCGACGGCAGAUCUUCAGCCUGGAACCGUUUCACCAGAGCAGCAUCGUCAAGAAGAGAGGCUGGGAGGAGAACCAAGAGAACCAGGAGAACAGGGAGGACCAGCAGCACCAGGAGGACCAGACGGAACAUCUCAACAAGAAAACCAAGUUCAGCGUAGACUCCAGCCUGGAUGACGUGAAGAAGCUGAAGGUCUGCAUCGAGCUCAACGGCCUCCGACUCAACAAGCCCCGCCUCUCCGCAGAACUAAGCCAAUGCCUGCCCUCCAAUCAGAGAUUCAGGAUGGACUCAAAGUCGGACGCUCGCGGAGGCUGGUGUGAUGGAACAAGAGUUUUCCAUGUUGCUCCGCCCUCCUCACAUGCUCAUCUUCUUCGACAACCGUCCCCACAGCAACUGUUCCCAAGGCAACCGUCCCCACAGAAACCGUCCCUGCGGCAACCGUACUUCAGCUGCCUGGAGUCGUCCCGCCUCCAGGACAAACAACAGAAGCUGAGGGAGAGUCGCCGAGCCUCCACCUUCCUCCCAUCACUGCCUCCUCUUCCUCCCCCCUUUGCCUCACCUGACCAUCAUCACCUCCGUUGCCAUGACAACGACUUCGACAAGCCGAAGGGCAAACGUCCGUUCAAGAUGAAGCACACGGGAGGAGAGUCGGUGGUGGACGAGGACGAGGUGAGCGAUAAGCUGUCUCCGUCUGACCCGUCUCAUUUGCCGGCCCGGCCUGUUCCUCCAGAGGUUCGCCGGCUCAUUGUGAAUAAAAACGCCGGAGAGACGCUGCUGCAACGUGCCGCCCGGCUGGGAUACGAGGAGGUGGUGCUGUACUGUCUGGAGCGGCAGAUCUGCGACAUCAACCACCAAGAUAACGCCGGUUACUGUGCCCUGCAUGAGGCCUGCGCCCGCGGCUGGCUGCAGAUCGUACGCCACCUGGUGGAGCAUGGAGCCGACGUCAACUGCAGCGCUCAGGAUGGAACCAGGCCUCUUCAUGACGCUGUGGAGAACGAUCACCUGGAGGUCGUUCGCUUCCUGCUGUCCUGCGGUGCCGACCCGACGCUCACCUCCUACUCUGGACGAGGACCAGUCAACAUGACCCACAGCGCUGCCAUGGAAACCUUCCUGGAAGACUAUCUGUCCGACCUCCAGGGAAGGUCGGAGGGUGACCCGGGAACCUGCUGGGAAUUCUACGGAAGCUCGGUGUGCGAACCGUCCAGUGAAGGAGGCGUUUACAACGUUCUCGCAGAUCCACCGGGACCAGAGGAGGAGGAGGAGGACGAAGAGGAGGACCAGGAUGAGGAGCAGCGUGCUCGGAGGGAGGUGUUCGAGUUCGAACUGUCCGACCGACCGCUGCUGCCCUGCUACAACAUCCAGGUGUCACUGUCUCAGGGUCCCAGGAACUGGCUGCUGUUGGCCGACGUCCUCGGUCGUCUCCGGAUGACGUCUCGGUCUUUCCGCCGUCUUUUCCCUCAGCUCAACGUCCAGUCGGUUCCAGAGGACGAGUUCUACCGGCAGGCGUCACUGUCCCAGCUGCUGACGGGUCCGGAGGAGCAGCAGCUGGCUGGCUUCAGGCCCGACAUCCGGGACCCCCUGGAGCUGGUGGAGGCGACGCCCGAGCUGGCCGGGAUGCUCGGAUCCUCGCUGGAGUUUGUGGACAGUCGCUGGGACUCGAUGGAAGCUUCUCCACCUCCGACCCCGCCGCCACGGCAACCAGUCCCAGCACUGCUAGCACCACAAGCUAAAGCGGACCCUCCAAACCGGAUCUCGGUGUCCGGACCCAAGCAUCAAGGAUCUCUCACAGCUAAACAGGAAGCUAAACCAGACAGCAACAUGUGGGAACAAAGACAGGAACUAGCAGAAAGGAACAUCUCAGUCAAACCAAACCCGACCAUGGAUGUGAGCAUCUGGGAACCACAGAGACAACGCAAAAACCCUGGAACCUCCGAGUCCGCUCAUCCAGACCAGAAGAUGGACUCCCCCGAGCGGCAGAACCAGAUCAGAACUGUCAGGUCUCACGCUGCUGCAUCGGAACCAACACAACUUCAGAACAAAAACUCUGAACGUCCCAAUGGCGCCACAGAUGCUAACACGUUUAAACUACAACAUCGAGAAACUAAGACCAGCAGACUUUUAGUUUCUGCCAAUGCUUCGGUGGACUGUAGCGUUCUGCUGCGACGUAAGAUCGAUGUGACAUCCGUCCUUACGAAGACCGACGUCGGGACGGACGCUAAGGUGUGGGAACGUCCAGGAACUAAGAGAGGCGACACCAAAAGACCUGCUAGCCCCGGUGACGGACUGGAAGCUAAAGGUCUAAAACUGGACGCCGCCUGGAGGAGGAACAUGGCCGACGUCAGAGUCCACAUCAGGGAUCUGGGUUUGAAGGUCUGCAGCAUCCGGACCGACCUGAAGAAGGAGGCGGGGAAGGGAAAGUCUGGCAGAACCAAGACCAGGUCCUGAGGUGGAUCCUGCAAACACUGUAGAUAACUCUAGAACCAGACAGAACCUGGUCUGGAACAGCAUCAUGAGUGUUCUCUGUAAAUAUUUAUUUAUUUAUGAUGGACUCUCUGUACAUACGUGUGAAUUGUGAAUGGGUUCCUGCUGUGUACAUGGGUGUCAAUCAGUUUCUCCUCUGUACAUAUGUGUGAAUCAGUUCCUGCUCUGUACAUACGUGUGAAUGGGUUCCUGCUCUGUACAUACGUGUGAAUGGGUUCCUGCUCUGUACAUACGUGUGAAUGGGUUCCUGCUCUGUACAUACGUGUGAAUGGGUUCCUGCUGUGUACAUGGGUGUCAAUCAGUUUCUCCUCUGUACAUAUGUGUGAAUCAGUUCCUGCUCUGUACAUACGUGUGAAUGGGUUCCUGCUCUGUACAUACGUGUGAAUGGGUUCCUGCUCUGUACAUACGUGUGAAUGGGUUCCUGCUCUGUACAUACGUGUGAAUGGGUUCCUGCUCUGUACAUACGUGUAAAUCGGUUCCUCCUCUGUACAUACGUGUAAAUCGGUUCCUCCUCUGUACAUACGUGUAAAUCGGUUCCUCCUCUGUACAUACGUGUAAAUCGGUUCCUCCUCUGUACAUACGUGUAAAUCGGUUCCUCCUCUGUACAUAUGUGUAAAUCGGUUCCUCCUCUGUACAUACGUGUAAAUCGGUUCCUCCUCUGUACAUACGUGUAAAUCGGUUCCUCCUCUGUACAUAUGUGUAAAUCGGUUCCUCCUCUGUACAUACGUGUGAAUGGGUUCCUGCUCUGUACAUACGUGUAAAUCGGUUCCUCCUCUGUACAUAUGUGUAAAUCGGUUGCCGUUGACAUCAUAGCUUCUGUUCUCGGAGAUGUUUUGUUACUUUGUGUCAUUUUGUAUUCAGCAUCCAAACUGUCCAAUAAAGAAGAAGAACCAGGAGAACAUUA